AUGGCACCCCGAGGACGUCCGCUGAGAAGCGCAGCCUCAUCAAAGCAAACGCCCACCUCGAAAAUCGCCACCCCUCAAUCCUCAGUCCCUUCAUCGCGAGCCCCCUCGAGGCGUAGCACUAGAAAUGCUAAACCACUUGAGAUCCCCGACUCGGAUGGCCUCGAAGAAAUCAUCAAUUCCGAUCCAAUUCCCAAAACCUCUUCAUUCAAAGGAGUCUAUCUUCCCAGGGGAGGCCGAUCUGCAACACGGCGUGGACAAGUUACAACUACCAAUUCCACAGCUUCCCCUUCUCCUGUUGCUGACUCGGCCGAGUCGUCUCUCUAUGAAACUCCCGGCACCAGUACCGUUCAAACGCCUAUCAUGAUGAAUAAAUCCUCUUCCAAGACCAAAGUUGGUGCUACGGCCAGAGCCAUCGAACUCAGUACUUCUACCUUCGCUCUUGGUGGGAGCAAGAGAAGACGUGGACACGAUACUUCUGACAUGGACACUGGCUAUGAGCAGGAAGACAAUGAUUCAAAAAUCGCAAUGAAGUUACAGGCGGAGGAGUAUAACGCCAUACAGGAUUCUGACGAUUCGGACUCUGAACCUCUCUCCAAGAAACAAAAGCUCACUCAACAAUCCGCUGCCAACAUCGAACUAUUUGACACAUCCGAUGAUGAUGAUAAUAUUCCUCUUGCCAGAACCCAGAGAACUAGCCUUCCUCUACGCAAGCUUGCCCCAGCUCAACGCCUUCCUUCAGUUUCUGUUGGUGAGUCUGAUCUUGACUCCUUGGCUUCCUCGUACGAUGAUGCUUCCUCAAAUUUCGAUCUGACAUCAUUAUCUGCCACCCCAUCCGAAGUGCCUGAUGAUUUUAACGCUACGCUUAACGCUCCCAACGCUCUUGGUGCCACGGGAAGAGCCACAACUAAGCGUUCCAGACAGACGCUACGCCGUGGUCGUUUCAAUCGUCGAAUUCCUGACCAAGAAGAAGAGUUCGAAUGGGAUCCUGUGAAGAGACGUCAGAAGCGAGAACGUAAGAAACUAGAGAAGUCUCAUCCGGAAAUCGUUACCAUGUGGUCCGAUCUCAAGAAAAUUGAUCCAAUCAAGCCAGUCCCUGCCAAGCAGCCUGAAGGCAUUAAUCGCAAAUUGAAAGGAUUUCAACUCGAGGGCCUGGAUUGGAUGAUCAAGCAAGAAAAGUCACAAUGGAAGGGUGGUCUUCUCGGUGAUGAGAUGGGCAUGGGAAAGACAAUCCAAGCCGUCAGCUUGAUCAUGUCAGACUGGCCUGCCAAAGCACCAACAUUGGUUUUAGUCCCACCGGUCGCCCUCAUGCAAUGGCAGUCAGAGAUAUCAGACUAUACCAGUGGAAAGUUGAAGGUCCUUGUCUACCAUACCUCAGCCAACCCCAAAUGCAAACUGCUCACGGUCAAGGACUUGAAGAAGUACGAUGUCAUCAUGUGCUCCUAUGCAGGUCUCGAGAACAUGUAUCGCAAACAAUACAAGGGCUGGAAUCGAAAUGAUGGAAUCGUGAAGGAAGACAGCAUACUGCACUCCAUCAAAUACCACCGACUUAUCCUUGACGAAGCUCACAGUAUAAAGUCGAGGACUGCCAGCGUUGCCAAGGCUUGCUUCGCAUUGGAAGCAGAUUACAAAUGGUGUCUCUCAGGAACUCCCGUGCAAAAUAGGAUUGGAGAAUUCUUUUCUCUCCUUCGAUUCCUGCAGGUCAUACCUUUCGCUUGCUAUUUUUGCAAGAGUUGUGAGUGCCGCGAACUCCAUUGGAGCCAGAAUGAGCAGAAGAUGUGUACAACAUGCAAGCAUAGUGGAUUCAAUCAUGUUUCUGUGUUCAACCAAGAAAUCUUGAACCCCAUCACUGGUGAUGAUGCAGUGAAGCGAAAGGAAGGUCUCGACAAGCUACGAUUGAUCACUGAUCGCAUCAUGUUACGUCGCAUGAAACGUGACCACACUUCUUCAAUGGAGUUGCCUCCCAAGGACGUGAUCAUUCACAACGAAUUCUUUGGAGAGAUGGAGCGAGACUUUUCUCAAAGUAUCAUGUCCAACACGACCCGAGAGUUUGAUACCUACGUUGCACAGGGUGUCAUGUUGAACAAUUAUGCAAACAUCUUUGGUCUGAUCAUGCAAAUGAGACAAGUUGCAAAUCAUCCUGAUUUGAUUCUCCGCAAACAUGCAGAUGGUGGUCAAAACGUUCUUGUCUGCUGCAUCUGUGAUGAGCCUGCAGAGGAAGCAAUUCGUUCCCGCUGUCGUCACGAGUUCUGUCGUCAAUGUGCUAAAUCAUAUGUUCAGUCAUUCGAUGGUGCUGAUGGUGAUGCCGACUGUCCUGCAUGUCAUAUUCCUCUGGUCAUUGACUGGGAUCAACCAGAAAUUGAGCAGGAUGAAGAGAAUGUCAAGAAGUCCUCUAUCAUCAACCGAAUAAAAAUGGAGGAUUGGACUUCGUCAACCAAGAUCGAGAUGCUCGUGUAUGAUCUAUACAAGUUGCGCAGCAAGAAACAAACUCACAAGAGCAUUGUUUUCUCUCAAUUUACGUCGAUGCUUCAACUUGUUCAGUGGAGACUUCAAAAGUCUGGCUUUAGCACUGUUUUGCUUGACGGUAGUAUGAGUCCUGCUCAACGCCAGAAGUCCAUCGAUCACUUCAUGAACAAUGUUGACGUUGAGGUGUUCCUGGUCUCGCUGAAGGCUGGUGGAGUCGCGCUCAACUUGACCGAGGCUAGCAGGGUAUACAUCGUUGAUCCUGUCCUGAGCAGAUGGUGGAAUCCCGCAGCAGAAUGGCAAUCCGCCGAUCGCUGCCACCGUAUCGGUCAACGUCGUCCCUGCGUCAUCACCCGCCUCUGCAUAGAAGACUCGGUCGAAUCUCGAAUGGUCCUUCUGCAGGAGAAGAAAGCCAACAUGAUCAACGGCACCGUCAACAAUGAUCAAGUCGCGCUCGACAAAUUGACACCCGAAGACAUGCAAUUCUUGUUCAGAGGAACCUGA